AUGAAUACAUUUACUUCAACACAUGUUAUGCCUGAUAUUUAUUGUCCUAUUCAAUUAACUCAAAUAUUAGGUUAUCCAACUGAUCAAUAUUAUAGAAAAUAUCCAACAAAAAAAACUAAAUUACCUGUUUUAUUAUUACAUGGUGACAUGGAUUCAGCAUUACCUAUACCAAUUGCACGACAUUUUGUUAAACAAUAUUCAUUGAUUAACUCAAACUUAACUUAUAUUGAAAUGCCACGUACAGGACAUACAGCUACAAAUGCGGCACCAAUGACAGACGAAGAAGGAAAUUGUGGUUGGAAUUUAGCUAUAACAUAUAUGUUAUCACCAACAUUUGAACCUGAUCGUUCAUGUUUAAAUAAAAUAAGUCAAAUUGAUUUUUCUGGUACAACAACCAAAAGUAAACAAGUAGCAGUACAAUAUUUUGGUACUGAUGAUGUUUGGGGAAUAAAUACAUCACAUGUAAUAACAACGAAUAAACCAAAUGAAACAAUAUCAAAUAUAGCUAUCAGUAUAAAAUAUACAUUAUCUAUCUUUAUUUCCAUACUUAUUAUAUAUUUAACAUCGUUUUAAUAACCAUUCUCUUUUUCUCAUCUUCAAUUCAUAUAGUUUCUUAAAAUAAAAGCCAUGUUAUAAUCUAUAUAUAUGACGAUCAAACAUAUCAAAAUUUAUUGGACAUCUUGAUUAAGUAGAAAGUAUAAUAUGUCACGUAUUGUAUUGUAUUUGUAACCUGUUUAUUUUUGUAGAAGUCACGCCUAUUUUUUUGAAGAAUACGUUUCAUCGUUAGUUUUCAAUCAAAAUUUUCUACUAUUUGUAUUAUCUAUUAGAAACUAAAGUUACUUGUACGGAAUUUACUGACUUAGGUACCUCAUAGUAAUUAAGAGUUUUAGCAAUUGAUAUUUCAAGUCAACAAUCUAUUAGUAUGGUCAAUGAUUUUAAUUUAAGUUCUUAAUCCUAAUUAUAGAAAUAAUCUUGUUAAGUGUGUGUUAACUAUCAGUCAUGGUUUCAGAUUCAAGAGACGACAGAAAAAAAACAAUAUUAAAUUAAUUUAUAUGUAUAAAAUCCUCUGAGUUUCGUGCUAUUGAUGAUUUAAAGUCGUUUAUUUCUAUAUUAGUCGAUGGUAAACUAAUUUAUUCCUGAAAAAUAGAUUAUUAUUUAUUAAACUUAUAGAAUGAUGUGCUACAAUUUGUAGAAUACUGAUAGUGUUUGUUGAAAUUGUUACAAAUUUAGUUUAGCUAAAAUAAAAAUAUCUAAUUUUUAUUUUGUUUUAAAUUUUCGAAGUUAAUAUAUUAGUUGCAUUGAUGCAUAUUAAUUACGAAAGAGGUACUCUUUUUUUUUAAUGUUUAACUGUAUUAGAAUGGUUUUUCCUAAUGAACACCUAAAAUAGA